GUGGGAGUGUCCCUCGGCGGGCUGGGGACAGCACGACUGCGGACACAAGGAGGACGUGGCGGUCGUGUGCUCAGAGCACAAGCAGCUGAGGCUGUCCGGGGGCUGCUCGGGGCAGGUGGAGCUUUUCUACAACGGCAGCUGGGGCAGCGUCUGUAGCAACAACAUGACCGACCUCGCGGCCGCCGUGAUCUGCCACCAGCUGGGGUGCGGAGACGGCGCGGGAGUCGGAGAGACGGCGUCCAGGCUGACCGGCGCCCCCCGGUGGCUGGACGACAUUCAGUGUCGCCGGCAGGACUCCGCCCUGUGGCAGUGCCCGUCGUCGCCGUGGGGCCAGACCGCCUGCCGGGAUAACGAGGUGGCUGAGAUCACGUGCUCAGACCACAGGGCCCUGCAGCUGGCCGGGGGACCAGACGGCUGUGCCGGGAGGCUGGAGGUCUAUCACCGCGGCUCCUGGGGGACG